AAAACAACAAAAAAAUUAUUUCAAGCUGACCGCUAUUUAUUCUACAUGCCCCAUAUAUGAUAUUCAGUUCAACUAAACAUAUUAAUACAAUAAUCAUUAAAAAUAACAAAAUGUAUAUUCUUGAUUUGUUAAAAGAGAAUACAGAAACUAUAAUUAAAGAAUUUCCACGUUUCAUUCAGGAUUUAACGUGUUAAUUAGCACAGGUAGUGUAAACAGUUGAAUAGAAACAAUAUAAUAAUGAUUCUGUAGAAUUCAAAAUUCUACGAAACCAUACAAUACACCUUGUCAUAAGAAAUACACAAGUCAUGUAGAACGCCUGUUAUAUUUUCGUGUUUGUUAUUUAGCUUUGUUUCAUAGAAUCAAUAGUUUUAAUUUUAUUUUUAAAAUGUUUCAAAUGGAAAACAUUGAAAAAUUAUAAGAUUCAGCUGAUGACCUAAGAAUCUUCAAGCACGAGUACGGGUAUUCAUAAAUGUUUGAAGUCAACGUUUUGGCAUGUUUUCUAUCGGCGAGUGGAACACAUCCAUGAUCAUGGCCAACGGGUAUUUGGGAAUAAUGCCAAAUUGAACAACCAUAUAAAGAAAUAGGUGAUUAUGGUUUCCAAGUUAUGGCUAAAUAUAAAGUUCGAUAAAGUAAGAUAUCUUUACGGAAAACGUUUAAUUGCAUGGAAAAACUGAAUGUUGAUGGAUUAAAGCGUAUAAGUUAAUAUUACGUACAGAUACAUUAUACAUUAUACGAUACAGGCGUCAGUUCUUCGAUCGUCGGACUCGUGAGAGCAACGGAAACACGACGACCUCACGAUCGCCGUAGCCCGAGACGAUCUCAAACCGGUGAUCUACACGCGACCAUCGCCAUGACUUCAGACCAUCGUUGCCUUCACCAAUCCCACAGCGGUCACCGCGAACGGCCGCAUCAGAACCGGUGCCAUCACCGCGGCCGGUGUCGCGGACCGGCGCUGGUCGCGGCCCUCGCGCUAUGGGCCGCGCUGGCUUGCGUCACGGUGCCCGCGGCCUCGGCGUCACCGGCCACCGGCGACAUGAGCCUGUUGACCAUGCAGCGCAUCAAGUCUUACGUGGACGACACGUGCACGAUGGACCCGCACUGCCAGUGGACGUGGGACCCGCUGCCGAACGGGCUGCGGAACGUGUCCGCAGAAGAAGCGGCUGCCGAGAUGCCGAAAGACUACUUGUACCCGCCCGGCGAAGAUCCCGACAAUCUGGGAGGACAACGAGGGAAUUUCUUGUUCAUUUACGGUCAUAAAGAUACACCACAUAUCUACAUACGGAGCCCGUAUUACACCACUGGCGUGUUUGACAACAACGGGUGUUCGCUGUCAUUUCAAAUGCACACCAACGUCAGUGUACCCAGUCAAGUGUCGAUAAUGUUAAAGACUGAGAAUUAUACAUCAUUAAUUCAGGAUAAUGUCGAAAACAACUCUCCCGUAUAUUGGGAAAAAAAGAAGGUAUUAUUGGGUCGACAGACAAGACAAGUUAUUAUUGAAUUAAAUAUCAAGCCUGGAUCACAUGUUGCCAUUGAUGAUAUCAGACUAGAAGAUUGCUUGCCAGAAUACUUUGCUGGCAUAACUGAUAAUGGUUGUCCAACAGACUCACAUUUUUUGUGUUCCGAUAACAUGACAUGUAUACCGUAUCAUCAUGUAUGUGACAUUAGUCCAGAUUGUCCCGACGAAACAGAUGAAACCGAAAACUGUUUUCUCGUACCCACCGAAGCUCGGUGUACGUUCGAGUCUGGAUUCUGCGGAUGGCGGAAUGCGUCGGGCGAAAUGUCUCUGACGUGGAAACUGUACAAAGGAGACCGACACAAAUUUACCGGGCCGAAAUGGGAUAAUACUUUCCGUAACCGAACUGGUACCUACGCUUACGUAGAUAUGUCGGGAUCUUCGUAUCUUGGAGCUACAGCGCGCAUGGACAGUAUACAUUUCCACCCACCACCGACGUAUUGUUCCGACACAGAGUCGAAAUAUUACAAUUCUUGUUAUAUAUCAUUUUUUUACCACAAAUAUGGUUCACAUAGUGGUACUUUGGGACUCUAUUUGGUCGAGGCUCAUGGUGAGGUAGACCGUGUGAGAAGAUUAUGGUGGAGUUUCGGGAACUAUGGAAAUACAUGGCUUCGAACCGUUGUUUAUUUAGUAAACAUCACAACCAGCUAUUAUUUACAGUUUGAAGCACGAAAACUAUUGUCAGUAAAAGGAGAUGUGGCGAUUGAUGAUAUAGCUAUGAGUCCAAAAUGCUUCGGUUUAGAUGUACCAGAAGACGUACUCAAGGGAUACAAGUAUGAAGCGGCUGGAACAAUAAAUAAUACUGCAACACUUAUGAAGAUUCCCAUUAAUCCGGAUUUCCGAAACAAAAUAGUUUAUAAAUUUACGACUUGUGGAUCAAAGGGUAGGCUGGGUCCGAGUAAUCGAUCUUGUGAAGCUGCAUACACAAAUACUACUGUGUCUGUGAUUGUGGUUAAUGACACAUACAUGGAUGGAGUACAGAUUUGGCAUAUACCUGAGACAGGAGUAUAUACUAUAAUAGCAAGAGGAGCUCGAGGUGGCAAAGGAGCCGACGGAAUGGGUAUUUCGAAAGGAGCCACAGCCAUUGCGGUGGUUGAAUUGACCAAACAUCAACAGUUGCACAUAUUGGUUGGUCAAGAAGGCGGAGAUGCAUGUCGGAAAACGUUUGAAAAACGCGACGACGCAUGCCAACAAGAACAAUACUUCAGGACAGGGAGCGCUCUCAAAGAAUUGCAUGACUUGCGCCUGCUCAACGGUGGUGGAGGCGGUGGCGGCGGAUCUUUUGUUUUUACAGGCUCACGAGAAGAAGGAUUCUUACCGUUGGUGAUUGGUGCUGGCGGAGGUGGUUUAGCACACGGACCAUUCAAGGACGACAGGAGUCAACACGGUAAUGGCACCAACAUGCGAUUACCAGCAAUCACUGCACCAUCUUUUGGUGAAAAUCCCGCAGGUGCUGGUGGCGGUUGGGCCCCGGGAAACUAUACGGAAGACAAGAAAUCCACAGGCUCCGCGUUGUUGGGAACUGGCGGUGUCGGAAGCGAUGGCGGCGGUGUGGGUGGACUGGCGUGCUACAAGAGUCGAGGCAACACUAAAGGAUUUGGCGGGUUUGGUGGCGGUGGUGGCGGAUGCGUUGCCGGCGGAGGAGGUGGCGGUUUCACCGGUGGCCGCGCUUGGAGCAACAGUCAAACGAACGGCGAGGGCGGCUGGUCGUAUUUGCCGGACAACCAGCACGUGUUUUAUAGGGCCGUGUACCCUGGCAGCAACUAUAAGUCCGGAAGUGUGUACAUCAUACCAGCUAUAGUGGGCUGUGGAUGCGCGUACCUGUGCGCCGCCACCAAUCAGCUACGCAGCUCGGUCGUCUGCAUAUGCCCAGCCGACUUCAAACUCGGGCCCGACGGAAAGUCGUGUAUAUAUCAAUCAACAGAGACAACAAAAAUUAUAUUUUUGAUCACUGGAAGUGUAUUUGCAGUUGUAAUUAUUUGCUUGAUCUUAGGGAUUUGGAUGUAUAGAAGUUAUCGAAAACGAAAAGAACGCAAAGAAAAUAUCAAUAUAAUACACAAUGGAAUAUUAAAUUACGAUCCGAUAUCGAGAAACAGAAAUGGAAAUGUAGAUAUUAACCCUACUUAUGAUUUCAAUGGAAGGAUUUUGACAACAAACGAUCUUCCAAGAAUAUUAAGGGAUGAACUAAGAAUACAAAAAUCUAUUGGCGAAGGAGCUUUUGGAGUGGUGUACCGAGGGUAUUAUAAAAAAACGGGUGAAACGGAAGAGAUGCGUGUUGCGAUAAAGACUCUUCAACCAAAAAAAGACAUGACCAAUGUGGAGGUGAAAUUCGACGACGACAACACUCCUAGUACCGAAGUUGAAAGAGAAACUAGACAGAGACUCAAAAGAGCUGAACUGUCUUGUAUACGUGACUUCUUAACAGAAGCCAUCAUAAUGAGUCAGUUUAAUCAUCCAAAUAUCGUGAAAUUCAUCGGAAUCACUUUCGAAAAGAACUAUAGGUUUAUAGUGACAGAACUUUUGAGUGGGGGAGACUUGAAAGAAUUUUUGCGCAAAAAUCGUCCUUCAGUUCAACAAAAUCACAAAAUCAUUCCCGUAAAGUUAAAAGAUUUAUUAAAAAUAGCAUUGGAUAUUUCCAAAGGAUGCGUUUACUUGGAAAAUCUUCAUUUUAUCCACAGAGAUAUUGCUGCCAGAAAUUGUUUACUGUCUACGACAGGACGUGGUAGAGUAACGAAAAUUGCCGAUUUCGGAAUGUCUAGGGAUGUAUACAGAAAUGAGUACUACAGAAAAGACGGUCAAGCCAUGUUGCCUAUUAAAUGGAUGCCAACCGAGUCGUUGGUAGACGGCGUUUUUAAUUCAAAAUCCGAUGUCUGGUCUUAUGGAAUCACAUUUUGGGAAAUCAUGACAUUUGGAUCUAUGCCAUACACGGGCAUGACAAAUAAAGAGACAAUGAAUUACGUGAUGAGAGGUGGGCGUUUAUCUAGACCGGUAAUUUGUCCAGAACCCGUAUAUAAUCUUAUGAGUAGCUGCUGGAUAACAAACCCUGAAGAAAGACCUACAUUUGAGUGUAUUCGCAAUAAACUCCGUCUCUUUAUACAAGAUCCAGAUAUACUCGAUUACACACCACCGGUAAUCGGAAGGCCCGCGGCCCCGCUGCCGUAUAGAGCAACGCACCCCCUCGAUGAGAACGCACCGCCGGACGGUGUUCUUCGGGCAGUUGACGUAGUCAAUAGUAGUGGCGCCAUCAACGAACCGCAGCAAUACAAAAGCCAGGAGGAACCUCAGUACGUGACGCCACUGCCGGCCGACGACUUUUUCGAGGGUGUGGACGCGGAACUGAUGAAGGACGCGGAGCGGUUCGGCCGGUUCCGCCGCAGCAACGAGAUGGCGCCAUUGGACGACAUGCGCGACUACUGUGACGAUGAUGACGAUGAUGACGACAACGACGACGACAGUGUCGGUGACGAAGAGGACGAGGACGAGGACGCGAUAAACGUCGCGGAAGCCGAAGCCGAAGACGAAGCUGAAGACGACGAUGAUGACGAUAACGACGAACAGAACGUGGAAGAAGAGGAAGACGACGACGCGAACGGUGCGGAGAUCGUGCUGGAUGCUGACAACAAUCGGUUCGACGAGGACGACGAUGACGCGUAUGGAGACAACGCCAGGAGCAAUGGUCCAGUGUCAUCGUAUCACUGGAAUAGAUUCAAAGAAACGAGUUUCAUCAGCAUGAAGGAACCCAACACCAAACAGACGAAUGCGGAUGGCCAGAUAAGUUCCUCUAAGAGACGAAAGUCGUUUUCCGAACUCGAAGACAACAGGCCUAACCCUUAUUCGUUGACAGGCCGCGUUCGAUACAACGUCGCCAGUGACGGGAAAAUAAGAUGCUGACAUCCGGACUCAAGGACUUCGGUUAUUGAGUCCUUGGAAAUGUUAUAAAAAUAUGUUCUUGUACAUUGCGUGUACAAUGUUAAUACUCUGUUUUAAUGUACGACUGUUGUAAAUAUUUUUUUUUUUCAUUUUUAACUCACGGCGUCUAUCUAUAAGUACUCUAUAGUAUAAUUGUUUUAUUUAAACAAGUAUACCAUACACGUCUAAUCCUGGGUAAAAUACAAAGAAUUAUAACCUCAAAUUAACUGUAUAAUAAUUGUUCAAUAAGACAUGUGUAUAAAUAAUAUCAUAGUUUAAAAUAUCUAACCCUAGGUAUACGGUUAUAAAAAAAAUUUAGUUUAAAAUAAUAUUGGCACAUUUGUUGGGUAUAAUUAAGCAGCAUCACAGUUAAAACCUAAUAAUUAUUCACCAUGCUUAGACAUUUUUCAACAAUUUAAAAAUGACAUACUUAUUAAGAAAUACAUGUUUUAAAAAUAACCUCUUUGAUAUCAUUAUUUUCAUUAUAAGUAUAGUAUUUAUAGUUUGUUAUAUUUUAAACCAUAAAGUACAUUGAAGUUCUUGCAAUAUAUUAUUAUCUGUUAAAAUUGAAUAGUGUUUACAAAAAAAAAGUAUAAUUGUCAAGUCAUUAACGAUUGAACAGUAUAAUUUGAAUAUUAUGAUGUUCAAAUAAAAACAUAUAAAUACGUAUGUACGUAUUUAUAAUAAUAAUAAUUAAAUAUGAAAAUUAAUUAAGAAUCUAAUAAUAUGCACAUAGACACCCUUAAAUAUUAUAUUAUAUUAUACUGAACAAAUUUUGGUGUAUAAAUAUGA